AAGUCAUGGUCUAAAAGCCAUGGCACCUAACCAACUUUCCUACCAUUUCGCCCCCAAGCCUCCUCCCCAUAUUUAUUUCCCCUCCAUUGAGUUCCCAACUUUCCACAUGUUUCUUCCGUACAUUGUUGUCGGUGGCUCUCGCCGGUUAGAGGUGUCUCCGCCCUAGCCCCUCAGCCGAGUCUCUCUACCAAAAAAAAAUGGCUCCUCCUCCUACUCAUUCCAGGAUUCUUGAGAUCACCCUCAUUUCCGCUGAAGACCUAGACCCUGUCUCCAAAAACAUGAAGACCUACGCGGUUGCUUGGGUCCAACCCGACCGCAAGCUCGCCACAGGGGUAGACCUGACAGGCGGAGCCGAUCCAACUUGGAAUGACAAGUUCAUGUUCCGAGUCGAUGACAAGUUUCUCAACUCGGAGGAUGCCACAAUUUUUGUUGAGAUCUACGCGGCUGCAUGGGUUAAAGAUGCCUUGAUUGGAUAUGCUAACGUCCUGAUCAGGGACAUUUUCCACUUGAGAUCUGUAGCCAACGCCAAGAACAACAACUCCGCCACGAGAACCGUCACGCUUCAAGUCCGCCGUCCCUCUGGCCGCCCCCAAGGGAUUCUCAACAUGGAGUUUGCCCUUGUUGAUAGUACCAUGCGUAGCUUGCCUCAGCUAGAAGACCCUAAACGAGAAACAAUAACCAGCCAAAAAAUGGAAAAUCACGCGACGAAUGAGUCACAAAAUCACAAGUUACACGCAAACGCUAAGAUAAGCCGUUCACAAAGCGACCGGACCGAGUUAUCAAUGGAAGAUAACUCAGAGAAAAGGCCUGGAAAGGGUUCAAUUGUUAAUGGUGGUUCAGUUGCCAAUGGUUCCAUUGUUAAUGGCAAUGGUAGCAUGGUGAAUGGUGACUCUCUUUGUAGCACAGACGUGGGGCCUUCAGCCUCGGUUGUAGCUGCAGCCAUUGCAAAAGGGUUGUAUAAACCACCACUUCCUCAUCAAGUUCAAUCAAAAGAAUCAAAGAAAAUAAGGGAAUGGACCAAGAAAGAGAGAGAAAAAGACCUAGACAUGAAGCUAGAGAGGUGGCGAUCGGAGAUUCAGGCCCCGUCUGCCACCGGAUACCGGAAAACAAAAUCGAGCAAAGAGCGAAGACCAAAGGGUAUGAAGUUGUUCUCCUGUUUUAGCACUGCUCUCGGAUGUGAAAUUUCGGUUACUUGUGGUGGAGGUCAGAAGAUCCAUAACAAUGGCAGCAAUAAAAUUUAUCAUUUAAGCUCCGUGGAUGAUAGUUAUAGCGAAUCACUUGUUUGA